AUGCCCGCAGCAACAGCUCACAAGGUGUCUGCCUCUAACCACAAGCUGUACCACGAGGCCCUCAGGUUCACGACCAUCUACGUCUACUUGGACGUAGCGUACGCGACGCUGCUCCUGGCGGCAGCGCUGCACCUUAGUGGGGUGCCUGUGGGUCUGAUCCUGGGGCUAGAUGUGCCGCUCAAGAAGUCAGAGGCUGGGGGGGAAGGGGGUUUGGUGCGAUCGGGGGCCCUGAGCUUAGCCACUGCCGGGGUGAUGGGUCUCCUGGUUGGUGUUAUGGUUCGAGGUUGCUGUCGCUUCGACAAGAGCCACGGGUGCGUGGUAACCAACUGGCACGACCUGCUCAAGUACACGCACAUGGGCAGGACGAUAACCGCAGCGAUGUGUGCGGUCUUGACAUGGCGAGGGCUAGGCUCAUUGAAGGACUUCCAGAUCCCGGAGGGUGGGGUAGGACUAGUCCCAGCCGUGCUCAUCGCCGCCGCGGUCUUGAGCUUGGCGGCAGCAGCGUCCAUGAACUUCCUGCACUUCAGAAUGAAGGGCGUGCUGACGGAGUACGCCAAGCUCAAGCGCACAUGA